ACUUGCACCAAAAAAAAAAAAAAAUAUUACUAUGGGGUUGAAGAAUCCUUCGGAAUAACCUCAUUCAUUCAUUCCUUCAUUCGUUUAUUUUUAUUCUUCGUUAAUCGUAUUCUACACCAACCACAUUCUUUUAACCAUGUCUUCGCGAUAUUUUCUUUCAUAAAAGCAUGGGAUAAUGAGCCAUGCCGACCGUAACAGCUGAGAACUUGUCCCCAGUUGUCGCCAUCGUCGCCUGGUUUCUGCUGGUCGUCUCGUGCAUUGGUGUGUUUGGCCGUCUGGGAUUCAAGUAUCUCCUCGCCAGGAAAUUCGACGUCGACGACUAUCUCAUCUGCGCUGCUUUGAUUCUGAGUGCGCUCCAGACAGGAUGCAUCGCUAUUGCGACAGAUAACGGCUAUGGGAAGCCGUUGGCUUCGUUGGAUGAUGAUCACAUUGGUCCGAUGCUGAAGGCUGGAUAUGCCUCCGAAAUACUAUACAUUGCGUGUCUUUGCUGCUCCAAGCUGAGCUCAGUCGCCUUUGGGGCCUUUCUGAUGCAACGAACUCGCAGUGUCGAGUGGGUGUUGACGCUGUCCAUCGUCGUCUGGGGUAUUAUUGGGAUAUUCGCAGUUGCUUUUCAGUGCAAACUUCCAGAACCCUGGAAUGAUUUGGUCCCAUCCAGGUGUUUCAAUCGGAUUGCUUGGUGGAACUACUUUGAGGUGACCAACCUUCUCAUCGAGGUGGUUCUCAUUGUCUUUCCGAUCUUGAUGAUUCUUGAUAUCCAAAUGUCGACGACGAAAAAGAUCACCGUCAUCGUGUGCUUUCUGACGCGUAUACUUGUCAUUGGCGCCAUCAUCUGUGAACUCUACUACCAUAACCGUCUCCUCACCUCCAAAGAUCUAACCCUUGAUUCCUGGCCGGUUGCCGUUUGCAUGGAAAUCGUCCAAUGUUUCGGCAUCCUCAUAGCCUCCGUCCCACACCUGAAGCCAUUCCUAUCCAGCCUCCAGUCGACCGGAUUGCGAUUAUACCAGAUACCCGGAGAGGAAAACGUCCGGGCCGGCUACGUCUACGGAAAAUGGAAAAUGAGCCCAAGUCGCCAGACGGAUACGAGCACCUCGGGCCACGAACUGAGUGGGUUGCAUCGAGGCAUUAAUCGGACGGUGGUGACUGCAAUGACCAGCCCGCGGGCCCCAGAUUGGGAGACGCAGAGCCAGACCAGCCAGAGCCACAUCAUCCGGGAGACUAAAACUUGGGUUGUGGAGGAACAGGUCGAGGGUGGUGGGCCAUCUGAGAUCCGUAUCCCUGACCCUGAGAGCGAGAGAUGCUCGCAUAGCAGUAGUUUGAUACGGCAUUCAGAAUCGCAUCCCUGACUACCUGCAUUCCUGCAAUAGUCAUGCUGAGGAUGUCAUCAUCUAUCGCUAAACUAGCUAGCAUAAUUUCUUUUGUUGAAACCCUUUUUGUCUGCAUGCAUUGUCAGAAUUUGUCAAAAAUUGCAUUUUGGCCCCUAUGUACUACACUCUCAAUAUUGGCAUGUCGAUCUCUGUCAUGCAGAUCCUAGUUGAUUGCUUAGUCGAUGCUAAGACGAAGCUAAAGUGAUGCUAAGAAGGAGUCAGUAAGAAACAAGAAGACGCCGUCGCUUCGGUUUCGCCGAAAAGCAUCCGUUCGCCAAUGAAGGAUUCGUGCCCAUCCGAUGACAGGGAAGACAAGUCUGAGGCCAAGAACUGGUGGUUUGAUCGAGGGUUCCACUAUCACGAAAAAGAAAAGAAGACAUUAGACAAUCGACAAAAGGAUUGUUGGUGUUGGUGUUGUUCUUGUUUAAACAAUCCUCGGAAUUCGGCCGCCAUUUCCGUCCAGCUCCAU